AUGAGCACCAACUUUCCAGAACAAACCUCGCCCCUCAUGCUGGAUCCCAUCGAAUUCUGGAGCACCAGCACCAGCAGCAGCAGCAGCAGCGCCCAAGCCGCGCCCAAGCCGCCCUCGAGCGCAGCCUCGCACCAGCGCCUCUCCUCCAUGCGCUCCGCCAGCAUGGACCGCGACGACCCGCUGCACGCUGCGCCCCUGGCCCAGUUCAAGUCGUCAUCAUCAUCGUCCGCCUCCUCCUCCUCCUCCUCUUCUGAGGCGCGACAACAGCAGUCGCGGGUGGCCGUUGUGCUCAAGAAGGCGCCUGCGUACUUGAACAGCUCCAGGUCGCAAAACGAGGGCGCACGUGGAACGGCAUCAGCAGCAGGAAGAUUCUCAUCGUCGCAACAGCAGGGGAGUUCACGCGCGAUGAAAAAGGAGACGCCUGUGCCUAUUCCCAGGCCGUUUGGGAUCCCUUCAACAGCGGCAGCAGCAGCAGCGACAUCAUCCUCACUUCACACACCAGUGCCUCUGCCAAAGCCAAUGGCCAGCAUCAAGACAGCCACGCAACGCACAGCUCCAGUCGUGGCUCCAACGCCAGUUCCUCUUCCCAAACAGCUCACAACAACACCAGCAACUCCCACAGCUGCAAAUCUCGUGACAAAACCAGCAGCAACAGCUCCAACCCCAGUCCGAAAUCAAGCACCACUUCACCAAGCACCAGUCCAAACCCCCGUACCAACACCGACACAAACCCGCAUCUCAGUCCAGAUACCAGCCCCAACACCACCACCAUCAGCCCCCCAACCAAGCUCCUCCCGAGGCCGACCAAAAGGCUGGAAACCCGGCAUGUCCUACAGCGCCCUCCGAGGCCCAGCCUCAGAACGGCCCGUUACCGCCACCGCAGGCAGACCCGGUCGCCCAGCGAAACCAAAGCCCAUAAACACCCCCUUUGGCCACGCAAAGCGUCGCGGAAGACCCCCCAAGGCGCCCUCUCCCCUGCCGUGGCAGGUCUACCGCUCCCUGCAGACCUCGUUCGUCGCCUUCUUGUGCGAAUGGCGCGGCUGCAGAGCCGAGCUGCACAACCUCGACACGCUGCGGCGCCACAUCCACGUCGUUCACUGCCGGAAGGAAGCACCGCCGUUUGUUUGUCGCUGGGGCGCGUGCGCGCAGAUGCCAGCCUCUGAAUGUGCAUUCCCCAAUGAGCCUUGUCUUAAAGAGCACGUUGAGGAGGCGCAUCUCGUGCCGUUUAGUUGGCAUGUGGGCGACGGUCCGCGGAACAGCGGCGGCCCCGUCAAGCACCCGCUGGAAGACGUCGAGAUUCCGGAUUACUUGAAGGACGAGCAGGGCAAUCAGGUGACGCCGUCGGUGCGCGAUCAACAAGUGGAGGACUUUGCGACAUUUAAGCAGAAUCGGCAAAAGCUGAAGGAUUUGCUCUUCCAGAUGAAUGAGAAUCUGCCGAGCGAGGAAUCGGAUUCUCCUGUGGAUGAAGAUUGA